GGCUGGAGGGAAGGCAGCACCUGCAGAGGGGAAGGUGCCGGCUGCCUCCAAGGCCCAGGAUGGAGGGAAGGAUGAGGAGCAUAAGCCCGGGAAAGAGAAGGCUGCAGCUACAGGGAAGCCUGAAGGAGGGAAGGCUCCAGCUGCUGCAGAGGCUCAGGAUGAAGGGAAGGACAAGCCCAGGGAGGAGAAGGCUCCGGCUGCAGGAGAGCCCAAAGGAGGGCAAGCAGCACCCACAGAGGGAAAGGGCCUGACUGCAGCAGAGGCUCAUGACAGGGGGAAGGACAAGCCCACGAAGGGACAAGCCCCUGGUGGGUUACAGGCUGGGGGUGGUGGGAAAGCAGAGCCCACUGCGCAGAAGGCUCCGGCUGCAGCGGAGGCUGAAGGAGGGAAGGCAAAACCCGCAGAGGAGACAGCCUUGGCUGCAGCACAGGCUCGGGAUGGAGGCAAAGAGCCCACAAAGGAGAAAACCACAGCAGCUGUGAAGGAGAAGGUCCCAGUGGCUGCAAAGGCUCAGGAUGGAGGGAAGAAAGCUGCAAAGCCAGAGAAAACCCCAGCUGAUAAAAAGCCUGCAAAGGAGAAAGCUCCAGGUGCCGCAAAGGCUCAGGAUGGAGAGAAUAAAGUGGCAAAGGCAGAAAAAGCCCCAGCAGCAAAAAAGGCUCAAGACGGAGGAAAAGAAGAGCCCGCAAAGGAGAAAUCCCCAGCUCCCACAAAGGCUCAGGGUGGAGAGAGGGCAGCAGCAAAGGCAGAGAAAACCCCAGCUGCACAGAAGCCUCAAGCUGGAAGCAAAGAAGAGUCUGCAAAGGAGAAAGCCCCGGCCGCUGCAAAGGCUCAGGAUGGAGGGAAAAAAGCUGCCAAGGUAGAAAACACCCCUGUGACAUCAAAGGCUGAGGAUGAACACAAGGAAAAGCCUGCGAAGGAGAAGGCCCCAGCCGCUGCAAAGGCUCAGGACGGCGGGAAGGGGGCUGCGCAG